AGUUCGAUUUUGUGGGAUUUGACAUGGACGACCACCUGUUGGUGUGGUUGCUGAUUGUGGCGACCCACUCCGGAAUCACUCAGUCUCAGAUUGGCCAACAGACGGCUACAGCCUCGCCCUUCGUGAUCCUGCCGAAGAUCGUUGGUGGCUACACGGUGACCAUUGACCAAGUGCCCUUCCAGGUGUCCGUUCGCCGGCGGUCGAUCCACGAGCGGCACUACGGAUUGGGUCACGUGUGCGGCGGAGCGGUCCUCUCUCAGCGGGUCGUCUGUUCGGCGGCACAUUGCUACGCCAUAAAUACCUCAGAACCACUGGUCUAUCGUGAUCCCGAGUUAUAUGUGGUAGUGGCAGGCAGCAGCGCCAUCGAUCGGACGGACCGCUUCACCCAGGAGUACCUGGUGCAGCGCAUCAUUGGCCACAAAGACUACAAUGGCAGCACGCUGGAGAACGAUAUCGCCCUGCUCUUUCUCAACGGAUUCAUUCCUUGGGAAUCGCCGGGGGUGCGGGCAAUACCGCUGGCCAUAAAAGCACCCGAAGAGGGCACCAUCUGCCUUAUCCACGGAUGGGGCAAGGUCACCAUGAAGGAGAAAUCGGCUUCGCUGCAGCAAGCGCCUGUACCGAUCCUCAACAAGGAGCUCUGCCAGGUGAUCUACAAGCUGCCCGCCUCCCAGAUGUGCGCCGGAUUCCUGCAGGGCGGCAUCGAUGCCUGCCAGGGCGACUCGGGCGGACCGCUGAUCUGCGACGGACGUCUGGCCGGGAUUAUAUCAUGGGGCGUGGGCUGUGCGGAUCCCGGCUAUCCGGGUGUCUAUACCAAUGUGUCGCACUUUCACAAAUGGAUCCGGAGGGCCAACGCUUCGCUGGACUACUCCGAUUACCGGCAAAUACCGCCGCUAAAUCUGGCUAGUCGCAGAUCGGUGUCUUCCAGUUGCUUGGGCAUUGGUGUUCUGGCGCUUGCCAUGAGCCUUCGUCUUUGACGAUGGGACAGUACAAUAAAUCGCUUGCUCUUCUCUGUCCUACAA